AUGGUUCAAAGGCACAGGAUGAUCAGAGGCAGAGGCCUCCUGCCGCGCUUCUCAGGGCCUCCUGCCGCGCUUCUCAGGGCCUCCUGCCGCGCUUCUCAGGGCCUCCUGCCGCGCUUCUCAGGGCCUCCUGCCGCGCUUCUCAGGGCCUCCUGCCGCGCUUCUCAGGGCCUCCUGCCGCGCUUCUCAGGGCCUCCUGCCGCGCUUCUCAGGGCCUCCUGCCGCGCUUCUCAGGGCCUCCUGCCGCGCUUCUCAGGGCCUCCUGCCGCGCUUCUCAGGGCCUCCUGCCGCGCUUCUCAGGGCCUCCUGCCGCGCUUCUCAGGGCCUCCUGCCGCGCUUCUCAGGGCCUCCUGCCGCGCUUCUCAGGGCCUCCUGCCGCGCUUCUCAGGGCCUCCUGCCGCGCUUCUCAGGGCCUCCUGCCGCGCUUCUCAGGGCCUCCUGCCGCGCUUCUCAGGGCCUCCUGCCGCGCUUCUCAGGGCCUCCUGCCGCGCUUCUCAGGGCCUCCUGCCGCGCUUCUCAGGGCCUCCUGCCGCGCUUCUCAGGGCCUCCUGCCGCGCUUCUCAGGGCCUCCUGCCGCGCUUCUCAGGGCCUCCUGCCGCGCUUCUCAGGGCCUCCUGCCGCGCUUCUCAGGGCCUCCUGCCGCGCUUCUCAGGGCCUCCUGCCGCGCUUCUCAGGGCCUCCUGCCGCGCUUCUCAGGGCCUCCUGCCGCGCUUCUCAGGGCCUCCUGCCGCGCUUCUCAGGGCCUCCUGCCGCGCUUCUCAGGGCCUCCUGCCGCGCUUCUCAGGGCCUCCUGCCGCGCUUCUCAGGGCCUCCUGCCGCGCUUCUCAGGGCCUCCUGCCGCGCUUCUCAGGGCCUCCUGCCGCGCUUCUCAGGGCCUCCUGCCGCGCUUCUCAGGGCCUCCUGCCGCGCUUCUCAGGGCCUCCUGCCGCGCUUCUCAGGGCCUCCUGCCGCGCUUCUCAGGGCCUCCUGCCGCGCUUCUCAGGGCCUCCUGCCGCGCUUCUCAGGGCCUCCUGCCGCGCUUCUCAGGGCCUCCUGCCGCGCUUCUCAGGGCCUCCUGCCGCGCUUCUCAGGGCCUCCUGCCGCGCUUCUCAGGGCCUCCUGCCGCGCUUCCAGGGCCUCCUGCCGCGCUUCCCAGGGCCUCCUGCCGCGCUUCCCAGGGCCUCCUGCCGCGCUUCCCAGGGCCUCCUGCCGCGCUUCCCAGGGCCUCCUGCCGCGCUUCCCAGGGCCUCCUGCCGCGCUUCCCAGGGCCUCCUGCCGCGCUUCCCAGGGCCUCCUGCCGCGCUUCCCAGGGCCUCCUGCCGCGCUUCCCAGGGCCUCCUGCCGCGCUUCCCAGGGCCUCCUGCCGCGCUUCCCAGGGCCUCCUGCCGCGCUUCCCAGGGCCUCCUGCCGCGCUUCCCAGGGCCUCCUGCCGCGCUUCCCAGGGCCUCCUGCCGCGCUUCCCAGGGCCUCCUGCCGCGCUUCCCAGGGCCUCCUGCCGCGCUUCCCAGGGCCUCCUGCCGCGCUUCCCAGGGCCUCCUGCCGCGCUUCCCAGGGCCUCCUGCCGCGCUUCCCAGGGCCUCCUGCCGCGCUUCCCAGGGCCUCCUGCCGCGCUUCCCAGGGCCUCCUGCCGCGCUUCCCAGGGCCUCCUGCCGCGCUUCCCAGGGCCUCCUGCCGCGCUUCCCAGGGCCUCCUGCCGCGCUUCCCAGGGCCUCCUGCCGCGCUUCCCAGGGCCUCCUGCCGCGCUUCCCAGGGCCUCCUGCCGCGCUUCCCAGGGCCUCCUGCCGCGCUUCCCAGGGCCUCCUGCCGCGCUUCCCAGGGCCUCCUGCCGCGCUUCCCAGGGCCUCCUGCCGCGCUUCCCAGGGCCUCCUGCCGCGCUUCCCAGGGCCUCCUGCCGCGCUUCCCAGGGCCUCCUGCCGCGCUUCCCAGGGCCUCCUGCCGCGCUUCCCAGGGCCUCCUGCCGCGCUUCUCAGGGCCUCCUGCCGCACUUCUCAGGGCCUCCUGCCGCGCUUCCCAGGGCCUCCUGCCGCGCUUCUCAGGGCCUCCUGCCGCGCUUCCCAGGGCCUCCUGCCGCGCUUCCCAGGGCCUCCUGCCGCGCUUCCCAGGGCCUCCUGCCGCGCUUCCCAGGGCCUCCUGCCGCGCUUCCCAGGGCCUCCUGCCGCGCUUCCCAGGGCCUCCUGCCGCGCUUCCGAGGGCCUCCUGCCGCGCUUCCCAGGGCCUCCUGCCGCGCUUCCGAGGGCCUCCUGCCGCGCUUCCGAGGGCCUCCUGCCGCGCUUCCGAGGGCCUCCUGCCGCGCUUCCGAGGGCCUCCUGCCGCGCUUCCGAGGGCCUCCUGCCGCGCUUCCGAGGGCCUCCUGCCGCGCUUCCGAGGGUCUCCUGCCGCGCUUCCGAGGGUCUCCUGCCGCGCUUCCGAGGGUCUCCUGCCGCGCUUCCGAGGGUCUCCUGCCACGCUUCCGAGGGUCUCCUGCCACGCUUCCGAGGGUCUCCUGCCACGCUUCCGAGGGUCUCCUGCCACGCUUCGGUCUCCUGCCACGCUUCGAAGGGUCUCCUGCCAUGCUUCUCAACUGCUUCACUGGCCUACCUUCUAGACAUCACUGGCAGUGGUGGCUUUGGACACGAUUAA